AUGCCCUCUAUCCUACAGAUACCUAGCAUCAAUGGGACCUCGGUCACGGACGGAGCGUCUCCCGAGUCUCAUAGCGCGUUACGCUUGGAGGCAGCUCGGCAGCUUGGCAUUGCGCCGAGCGAGAUCGAGAUGACGCUAUCUUGCACCCCGUCCCAACUCGAUGUCAUGGAGAGUACUGCCGGCGACGAACGGAGCAACAUUGGCCACGCGAUAUUUGAGGUCGGAGAAGACGUUGACCUCGAGCGCCUGGCCGCAGCAUGGAGAGAGGUCACGCGCCAGACGCCCGCCUUGCGCACCCGCAUCUUCACCUCCGGGGCUGGAGCCCGUUACCAGGCGGUGUUGUCAGAGGGCUAUUCGUGGGUCCGCUCGAACCGGCCGGACGAGAGAGAAGCCUUCAUCGAGGCCGAGGUCGCGGCCGCGGCGGCGGAGAAGCAUAAUACCCGGUACGCCCUGCUUGAGGAUCCGAGCAUGAAGAAGCAGAGGUUGUUGCUAUGGACCUUCAGCCACGCCAUGGUAGACAGCUCCCUGCAGGACUACGUCGUAAACAGAGUUCUUGCCGUAUACUCGGGCGACGAUGCCGCCGCCCGGGAUGCUGUUGGUGCGGCGGCCGGGGAACAAGUCAACGGUCUUACAGCCGCGCCGGCGGACGCGGCCCCGUUCUGGCGGCGCCACUUUGACCAACUGGAUGCCUCUUCGUUUCCCGCCUUGCCCUCGCACCUAAACAAACCCCGGCCUGGCGCGCAGGCUGACCAUAGCAUCGCCUACAACAAGGUCCCCGUCCAAAGGGACUGGGACAACACUGCGGUUUGCCGAGCGGCGCUCGCGGUCCUCCUGGCCCGCUACACCCAUGCGUCGGAAGCACUCUUCGGCGUCGCGGUGGAGAGGCCGCCUCCUUAUCCCGAGUCGCAGGCGUCCUUGCUCCACUGCGGCCUGACACGGACCGUGAUGCCCACCCGUGUCUUUUGCGAUCCUCGCCAACCGGCCUCCGACCUUCUUCGGGCGUUGGCGGCCCACGAUGCCGCCGUUCGCGAGUUCGAGCACGCCGGCUUAGAUAGCGUCCGCGGUGCCGGGGAGUUCGGGUCCGCCGCGUGUGGUUUCCAGACCGUGCUGGCGGUCACAUCCUCCGAGCACGGCCGUGACCAUGUUCCCGUCGGCUCGAGUCCCGUGCUCCGUCGGACCGCCCUAGGAUCAGACAGAUUCACACCCUGCUUGGAUCGCGCCCUCCUGCUUCACUGCCACAUGGCCGAGGACUCGGCUUCGAUGCUUGCGAGAUACGACCCGAGCGUCCUUGACGCCAGGCAGGUGGCCCGUUUCCUGCGGCAGCUGGGGCUGUUGAUCGUCCAGUUCCAACACGAUGCCGUGGAGAAGCCCCUUGAGGAACUUCACAUCGUUACGGCGGAAGACCGCUCCGAGAUCGAGAGCUGGAACUCGGCGCUGCCUCUGAGGCACGACGUGUGCCUCCACGAUGUGGUAUCCCGCAAGGCCGCCGAGGCGCCGGACAGCCCCGCUGUGUACGCUUGGGACGGCGAGUGGUCGCAUGCGGAGAUGGACGGCGUGUCCUCGCGCCUCGCCGGACACAUCCAGUCCCUGAAGCUCGAUCCCGGCCACGCAGUGCCCCUCUGCUUCGAGAAGUCCAAGUGGAUGGUCGCCGCAGUCCUCGCCGUACUCAAGGCCGGCCAUGCCUUUGCGCUGGUCGACCCGGCCCAUCCGGCGGCACGCGUCGCCCAAAUAUGCCGGCAAACGUCUGCCACGUUCGCCCUCGCCUCCCGGCUCCACGCCGAUACCUUCCGCGGGCUCGUGCCUACCACGAUCGUUCUCGAGGAUGAUCUCCUGCGUUCUCUGUCCGGUAGUCGAGCAGGCUUCACGCCUGUCGCGAAGCCACAAGACCUGGCCUACAUCAUCUUCACGUCGGGGAGCACCGGCGAGCCCAAGGGAGCAAUGCUGGAGCAUCGGGCGUUCGCCUCGUGUGCGCUCCAGUUCAGCCCUUCUCUAGGCAUCGAUCAGAAUACCCGCUCCCUCCAGUUCUCCUCGUAUGCCUUCGGCUCGAGUUUGGCGGAGACCAUGUGCACACUGAUGCACGGAGGCUGUGUCUGCAUUCCCUCGGACCACGACCGCAUGAACGACAUCGCGGGCUUCAUCAAGAGAGCGCGCGUCAACUGGUCGACGCUCACGCCAUCGUUCGUCUCAACCAUCCCCCCGGAAAGCCUCUCCGGGCUUCGGACCCUCCUUUCGGGAGGUGAGUCCUUCUCGGCGUACCAGAGAGACUCGUUCUCGUCCCGAAUCCAGGUCAUCAACUCCUACGGCCAGAGCGAGAGCUCAACUAUAUGCGGUGGCUCUCGCGUCUACCCAGACACGGCCGACCUGCAGAACAUUGGUCGUGCCUUGGGUGCCCGCUACUGGAUCACAAACCCGGACGACCCCGGGAGACUCGCCCCGAUCGGGUGCGUCGGCGAGCUGAUGAUUGAGAGCCCCGGCAUCGCCAGGGGCUACGUCGUGCCCCCGCCCCCGGACCAGUCGCCGUUCCUCGACGACGCGCCAGCCUGGUACCCCGCGGAGUGGCGGCGGCACCAGAAGGCCAACGGCUACCGGUUCUACAGGACCGGUGACCUCGUCUGCUACAGGCCAGACGGGACCGUCGCAUACCUCGGGCGCAGGGACUUGCAGGUCAAGAUCCGGGGACAGCGUGUCGAGCUCGGCGACGUGGAGAGCCAUCUGCGCAAGGCGCUUCCUAAACAUCUGGUACCCGUGGCCGAGGUCGUCAAACGAUCCCACGAGGCGAGCAGCGCGGCCCUGGUCGGAUUCCUCUUUGGGCCGUUCCAACCCGAAGAAGCUGCCCAUCUCGACAAGGAGGCCUACAUACUGGACGGAAGAGCCUCCCAGCGCAUCAGGGCGCCGCUGACGCAGGCUCUACCCGACUAUGCCGUCCCGUCUUAUUUCAUCCGCAUGGAGGAGCGUCCGACGAUAGUGACCGGGAAGACGGACCGUAAGCGUCUCCGUGCCAUCGGCGCCAAGCUCGUCGAGGAGCUCAUCCAGAGCGCCAUAUCGCAGCCCGAAGCCUCAGCCGGGGAGCCAGCGGGAGCAGAGGACCAGCUGCGGCAGAUGUGGUUCCGGAGCCUGAAUCUCCCCGCCACGUCGGCCAGCCACGGCGCCAACUUCUUCGACCUGGGCGGUGACUCCAUCGCGGCGAUCAAGCUGGUGAACAUGGCGAGGUCGGUUGGCAUGAAGUUGACCGUGACCGACAUCUUCCAGCAGCCAACCUGGAAGGGUCUGGCGGCCAUGGUGCGGGAGAAAUCGUCCAAGGACGACCCGAUCACCGCGGAGCCGUACCAGGGACCCGUCGAGCUGUCGUAUGCGCAGGGCCGCCUCUGGUUCUUGGAGCAGCUCAACCAAGGUUCUUCGUGGUAUCUCGUGCCCUUCGCAGAGCGGCUGCGCGGCCCCCUCAAUAUUGAGGCCCUCACCGCCGCCCUCCAUGCCCUGAAGCAGCGGCACGAAGCCCUGCGGACGACGUUCGAAGAUCACGACGGCGUGGGAAUGCAGGUGGUCCACGAGAGCCACUUCAGGGAGAUUCGAGUCGUCGAUGUACCGUCGGCCCCUGCUCAGUACAAGGAGGUCCUGCGACAAGAGCAGACGACACCUUUCAACUUAUCGAGCGAGCCGGGAUGGCGCGUAGCGCUGCUGAGGCUAGGCGACGAGGACCACGUCCUUUCGAUUGUCUUCCAUCACAUCAUCUCGGACGGCUGGACGGUCGAUAUCAUGCGCAAGGAGCUCAGCAUCCUUUACGCCGCCGCCCGGUGCGGCGAGGACCCCUUGACCCGACUACCCCCUUUACCCAUACAGUAUCGCGACUUCGCCUCUUGGCAGCGUCAAGAGACGCAAGUCGCCGAACAUCAGCGACAGCUCGAUUACUGGACAGAGCAACUGGCAGAUAACUCCCCGAGCGAGCUCAUAUGCGAUAAAACGCGGCCGGCGAUCCUCUCGGGUCAUGCCGGGGAGAUCGACUUCGCCGUCCAAGGCCGCUUGUUUGAGAGCCUCCAGGCCUUUUGCCGCGACCACCAGGUGACCCCGUUUGCCGUCCUCUUCGCGGCCUUUCGCGCGACGCAUUACCGCUUGACCGGCGCAGAAGAUGCAACUAUUGCCACGCCCGUUGCUAACCGUGGCCGCGCUGAGCUAGAGGGCAUGAUCGGCUUCUUCGUUAACACCCAGUGCCUUCGUACGGUUAUCGAGGGUAACGAGACGUUCCACGGCUUGGUAAAACAAGUGCUUUCGACUGCAACGGCGGCGUGGGAGCACCAAGACGUGCCAUUUGAACGCAUCGUGUCGGCACUUCUUCCUGGAUCAAGAGACGCAUCAAGGAACCCCCUAUCCCAGCUCGCCUUCGCACUGCACUCACAACAGGAUUUCGGCCGGAUCCAUCUGGAGGACGUCCGCAGCGAGUCUCUACCUGCUGUGCCAACCGCUCGCUUUGAUAUGGAGUUCCAUCUGUACCGCGAACAGGACCGGUUCCGCGGCCACGUCCUGUUUGCUUCCGACCUGUUCGAGCGCGCCACCAUUGCCGGCGUGGUCGACACCUUCUUGGAGGUGCUCCGUCGUGGCCUCGAACAGCCCAAGACUCGCGUCGCCACGCUGCCCCUGACCGACAGGAUGGCGGAACUGCACCGGAUGGGCCUGCACGACGUCGAAAAGACGGAUUAUCCCCGAGACGCCAGUCUAGUGGACCUCUUCCGGGAUGAGGUGGCGGCUCAUCCCGAGGCCGUGGCCGUUACGGAAAUGUCGUCGCUGACGAUGACAUACGCCGAGCUCGACCGGCAAUCCGAUAAGCUCGCCGGCUGGUUGCGUCAACGCCGGCUUGCUCCCGAGACCCCGGUAGCCGUAUUCGCUCCUCGAUGCUGCCAGACCAUCGUGACCUUUCUCGCCAUCCUCAAGGCGAACCUCGCCUAUCUCCCGCUCGAUGUGAACAUGCCUGCAGGCCGCAUUGAAACGAUCCUGUCAGCAGUGCAGGGCCACAAGCUGAUGUUACUUGGUGCUGACGCGCCGAAGCUUCCCAUCAAAGUGGCCGACGUCGAGAUGGUUUCCAUCACAGAUGCUCUGGGCGAGGCCGCCGAGAUACAUCAUCAGACAGACGGCUCUGCCGGGCCACGGGCGACGAGCCUGGCCUACGUGAUGUUCACCUCCGGCUCUACCGGCCAACCCAAGGGCGUUAUGAUAGAGCACCGCGGUAUCAUCAGGUUGGUGAGGGAGAGCAACGCCCACUCCAAGCUUCCGGCCGCCGCCCGCGUAGCACACAUGUCCAAUAUCGCAUUCGACGCCUCAACGUGGGAGAUUUGGGUGGCACUUCUCAACGGAGGGACCGCCGUAUGCAUUGACUAUUUUACUACAUUGGACAGCGAAGCCCUGGGGGCCGCUUUCGCCCAGCACGGAAUCCAUGUCUUGUUGCUGCCACCGGCCCUCCUCAAACAGUGCCUCGCUAACACGCCCGAUACGCUGCGUGGCUUGGACAUGCUUUUCGUUGGCGGUGAACGGUUCGACGGCCGCGAUGCGAUCGAGGCCAAGGCGCUCGUCCGCGGCAGCAUCUACAACGCGUACGGCCCGACCGAAAACACCGUCAUCAGUACCUUCUACGAAGUGACGGACGGCGACGCCUCGCUUGCCAACGGUACGCCGAUUGGGCGCGCCAUCAGCAACUCGGGCGCAUUCAUUAUGGACCCGGACCAACAGUUCGUUCCCGUAGGAGUCAUGGGAGAGCUUGUGGUCACCGGCGAUGGUCUUGCGAGGGGCUAUACAGAUCAGAAGCUCAACCAAGAUCGGUUCAUCCAGAUAGACAUUGCCGGGGAGCUUGUACGGGCGUAUCGAACAGGCGACCGUGUGAGAUACAGGCCGACCGACGGGCAGAUCGAGUUCUCUGGCCGUAUUGAUCAGCAGGUCAAGAUUCGCGGCCACCGUAUCGAACCGGCCGAGAUUGAGCAAGCGAUCCUUAGCCAGGGGGGUGUUCUCGACGCCGCAGCCAUCGUCCGCAAGGUCGACGGAGAAGAGCCGAGCAUCAUUUGCUUCGCGGUGGCCCGAGACGACAACACGGCAGUCAAACCCACCUCUGCCAGUGAUGACGAGACUCCUGGGACUGUAUGUGGUCACGACGACGAGUUCGCAACAAUGCUGGAGCAACAGAUAUGGCAGCGACUGAAGGCUGUGUUGCCGCGGUUCAUGAUCCCCGCACAGAUCUUCAUACUCGACAAGAUGCCUCUCAACGCCAACGGCAAGGUUGACCGGCGCGAAUUAGCCCACAGGGCCCAGACGACACCGAGAGACAGCAAGGCCUCGGGCCAAAAGCCUGACCACGUGCCGCCGCGUAACGACAUCGAGGCCGCUCUGUGCGAGGAGUUUGCCAGCGUUCUAGGUAACACCAAGGUCGGUAUCACUGACAACUUCUUCGACAUGGGCGGCCACUCCCUCAUGGCCACGAAACUGGCCGCGCGUAUCAGCCGGCGGCUCGAGGCCCGCGUGACAGUCAAAGACAUAUUCGAACAUCCCAUCCUCCUCGACCUCGCCUUGACCGUCAAGCGCGGCUCAACCCAGCACAGCCCCAUUGUCUCCCACCCGUACAGCGGGUCUGUUGAACAGUCGUUCGCCCAGGGGCGUAUUUGGUUCCUCGAGCGUCUGUACCCGGGCCUCACGUGGUACCUCUCGUCGUUUGCGUCUCGUCUUGACGGACCACUUGAUCUAGAGGCACUGAGAACGGCGCUACUAGCGUUGGAGGAACGUCACGAGGGACUACGGACCACGUUCCAGCAACAGGAUGGAAUGAACGUGCAAGUGGUGCAACCGUUCGUUCCAAAGAAGCUCCGGGUUAUCGACAUCACUGGAGGCUCCGAGGAAGAGCUGACGCUCGCCUUAAACAGAGAGACUUCUCAGCCUUUCGACUUGGAAACUGAACCUGGCUGGCGACCGGCCCUCAUUCGCCUGGGCGAGGAGUCCCAUGUGCUCUCCGUUGUGAUGCACCAUAUCGUUUCUGACGGUUGGUCUCUCAACAUCCUCCGGCGCGAGCUGGCCGCGUUUUACGCCGCAGCGCUGCGUGGCAAGAAGCCGCUGUCGACGGUGAACCCUCUGCCCAUUCACUAUCGCGACUUUUCCAUCUGGCAAAAGGAGGAAGCACAAGUGGCUGAACAUGAGCGGCAACUGGCAUAUUGGAAACAGCAGUUGUCCGGCAGCCAACCCGCCACCCUCAUGUGUGAUAAGCCACGGCCUGCCACGAUCUCCGGAAACGGAGGCCUCGUGGAACUAUCCAUCGAAGGGCACAUAUACGAAAGGCUCCAGACCUUCUGUCGCACCCGUCAGGCCACCCUGUUCGCCGUGCUGCUGGCUGCCUUCCGCGCAGCGCAUUAUCGCCUCACGGGCGACGACGAUGUGACGAUCGGCACCCCUAUCGCCAACCGUACUAGGUUGGAGCUCGAAGACCUGAUUGGAUUCUUUGUCAAUACCCAGUGCAUGAGGAUCGCCGUUGAUGACGAUCAAACAUUCGACGGGCUGGUUCGCCAGGUACGCUCAACCGUGACCUCUGCGUUUGAGAACCAAGAUGUGCCCUUUGACCGUAUCGUAUCGGCCCUGCUACCGGGGUCGAGGGAUACGUCUCGCAACCCGUUGGUGCAGCUGAUCUUCGCCGUCCACUCGCAGCAGGAGGAUAUUGGCAAGAUCCAGCUCGAGGGCCUCACUGAAAAGAUGAUGCCCGUCGCGCCAACCACGAGAUUCGAUCUGGAGUUCCACCUUUUCCAAGAGGAUGCAAGACUAAGGGGCACCGUAUUUUAUUCGACAGAUCUCUUUGAGGCCAAGACCGUGCAGACCUUGAUUCACGUGUUCGAGGAGGUCCUGCACCGGACCCUCGACCAGCCACAGGCGCCCAUCGGAGGUCUGCCCCUGACCGACGGACUUCCAGCCCUCAGGAAUCUGGGUCUACUGCAGGUUAACAAGUCGGAAUAUCCCCGGGAUUCCAGCGUUGUUGACAUUUUCCUUGAGACGGCGUCUUCCUAUCCCGAGGCGACUGCCGUGAAGGACUCCUCAUCUCAGCUGACUUACACCCAGCUUGACGAACAGUCGGACUGCCUUGCCGCUUGGUUGCGCGAGCGCACAUUCGCCCCUGGAACACUGGUCGGCGUCCUUGCUCCGCGAUCGUGUGAGGCUGUGGUCACGCUUCUCGCAAUUCUGAAGGCGAAUUUGGCCUACUUACCGUUUGAUAAUAAUGUGCCUACUGCUCGCCUGGAGGACAUAUUAUCGGAGGUGCCCGGCCAUAAGCUUCUACUGGUCGGUUCCACGGUAUCCAUGCCGGACCUGAAGAUGCCCGACGUCCAGCUGGUGCGUAUUGUUGAGGCAACGAACGGGAGCCGUCAUCGCCAGAGGCAGGAUGGCGAUGGCGAGGAUGCAACACCAGGGCCGCAAGCAACCAGCCUUGCGUAUGUCAUGUUCACCUCCGGUUCGACUGGCCGCCCCAAGGGUGUUAUGAUUGAGCACCGCAGUAUCGUGCGGCUCGUCAAGAACACGAGCCCGCAUCUACAGGCCGGCGUGGGAGUCGGCUUGGCGCAUGUAUCCAACCUCGCCUUCGACGCCACCACUUGGGAAAUAUACGGACCCCUUCUCAAUGGCGGUACGGUCGUCUGCCUGGAUCAGAUGACGGUUCUGAGUCCCUCUCUUCUACUCGACGCGUUCCGCGCCAACGAUAUCAAAAUGGCUUUCUUCACCACCGCCUUGAUGCGUCAGUUCCUCGAGGAAAUGCCCUCUAUUAUUGGCAGCCUUGACGUCUUGCUCGUCGGAGGAGAGACGAUGAGGUCCAAGGACGCCUUCAAGGCACGAGGACUCGUUCGGAAGGCCUUUUGCCACGUUUACGGACCAACAGAAAACACAACGUUCAGCACGCUCUAUGAAAUGGGCCCUGAUGACCGUUGCGUGAACGGACUGCCCAUCGGGCGGAGUAUCAAAAAUUCCGGGGCCUUCGUUAUGGACUCUCGCCAGCAAUUGGUGCCGCUGGGCGUGAUCGGCGAGCUUGUCGUUACGGGUGACGGCCUGGCCCGCGGAUAUACUGAUUCCUCGCUUGACCAGGCCCGAUUUGUACAGGUGACCAUCGACGGCCAGUCUGUACGGGCGUACCGGACCGGUGACCGCGCGCGAUACCGCCCGGCCGACGGGGAGCUCGAAUUCAUCGGCCGAACGGAUAACCAGGUCAAAAUCAGAGGAUACCGUAUCGAGACCGCCGAGGUGGAACAGGCCCUGGCCGGUCUCACCGAGGUUCGCGAUUCAGCCAUUGUGAUCCGGAAGUUUGACGACCAGCUGCCGGAGAUGGUCGGGUUCGUGACCGUCCACACCGAUACCGAACACGGUGAUGUGGAGAAUGGAGACGGGGACGGGGAAACAGCCGCCGUGGCCGCCGCCGCCGCCGCCGCCGCCGCCAACGUGACCGAGAGAAGCAUUCGCCAGCGACUCCAGGCCGUUCUUCCCUCCUACAUGGUACCAACCCAGAUCAUUGUGGUGGACCAUCUGCCACUUACAACGAAUGGCAAGGUGAAUCGUCAAGAGCUGGUCAGAAGAGCCCUGACGACUCUGAGAACCACGACGGUUACGCUACGCGUGGCACCGCGUAACGAGGUUGAAGCGGCACUUUGCGAAGAGUAUGUAACAGUGCUCGGCAUCGAAGUCGGCAUUACCGAUAACUUCUUCGAUCUCGGUGGUCACUCGUUGAUGGCAACCAAGCUGGCGGCACGAAUCAGUCGCAGGUUGGACGCCCGCGUGUCGGUCAAGGAUAUCUUUGACCAACCGGUUCUCGUCGACCUUGCUGCCAUCAUCCGGCCGGGCUCAGCCCUGCACAGUCCCAUUACGCCGAUGCCGUACUACGGACCGGUCGAGCAAUCCUUUGCUCAGGGCCGCCUCUGGUUCAUGGAUAAGCUCAAUGCUGGCGCGGUAUGGUAUCUGAUGCCAUUUGCCGCCCGCCUGCGAGGCCCGUUAAGCGUGGAUGCCCUUUCUAUUGCCAUUAAUACGCUGGAGGAGCGCCAUGAGUCGUUGAGGACGACGUUUGCGGAACAAGGCGGCGUCCGCGUGCAAGUUGUUCACCCUCCCUGCAACAAGACGCUGAAAUUCGUCGACCUCUCUACCGCCCGUGACGGCGGGAGCUACGCGGAGCCGCUCAGAAAAGAGCAGAAAACCCCCUUUGACCUUGCCUCGGAUAUGGGCUGGAGGGUGACCUUGUACAGGGUCGGCGAGGACGACCAUGUUCUGUCCAUCGUCAUGCAUCACAUCAUAGCAGACGGGUGGUCUGUUGACGUCCUGCGCAAAGAAAUCGGGGCAUUCUAUGCCGCAGCGCUGCAUGGAGAAGACCCCCUUUCGCGGGUGCGCCCUCUUCCGAUCCAGUAUCGUGACUUUGCCGUGUGGCAGAAGAGCGAUGCCCAGGCGAUCGAUCAACAACGCCAGCUUGAGUAUUGGACCGAACAUUUGGCCGACAGUACACCGGCCGAAUUCUUGACCGAUAAGCCGCGUCCGGCCAUUCUUUCAGGUAACUCUGGACUUGUUCAAAUGACCGUCAAGGGCCCCGUCUACGAGAGUUUGCAGACGUACUGCAGAGCCAACCGUUCCACGUCCUUUGCCGUGCUGCUCGCAGCCUUCCGUGCCACCCACUACAGGCUCACCGGGGUCAAAGACGCGACCAUCGGGACGCCAAUCGCGAACCGAAAUAGGCCCGAACUCGAGGAUCUCAUCGGGUUCUUCGUCAACCUCCAGUGUAUGCGGACGGACAUGCAAGACGACGAGACGUUCAACAGCCUCGUCCAGCAAGUCCGCGCUGCCACCGCAGCCGCCUUUGAGAAUCAGGACAUCCCGUUCGAGAGCAUUGUGGCGGCCGUGCAGCCGACUUCUCGCGAUGCGUCGCGUAACCCGUUGGUGCAGGUCGUGUUCGCCUUGCACUCGCAGCAUGAUAUUGGCAGACUUCCCCUCGAGGGCCUGGCAAGUGAGCGUCUCAUGGCGCCCCCGACGACGCGGUUCGAUUUUGAGUUUCACUUGUUCCAGGAAGAAGGCCAGCUGGCCGGCACCAUUCUGUACGCGUCUGACCUGUUCGAGGCCGCUACGAUUCAGGGUGUCGCAGAUAUCUUCCAGGAGGUGCUGCGUCGCGGGCUUGCACAGCCAGACACGCGCAUUGCGUCCCUACCACUAAUGGAUGGAAUGAAUGGGCCGCAUGGCCUUCGAGCCGUUGGUAUCGACGAUGCAGAGGAGACGAGGGCCGAAUACCCGCGGGAAUCCAGCGUCGUGGAUGUCUUUGCCCAACAGGUUGCUGCAGCCCCCGAUGCAAUCGCAGUCAAAGACUCGAUCUCGCAGUUGACAUACUCGCAGCUGGACGAGAAAUCCAGCAUUCUGGCGGCUUGGCUUCGAAACCAGCAUCUCGCGGCGGAGACGCCCGUUGCGCUUUUUUCUCCCCGGUCAUGCGAGACCAUCGUCGCAAUCCUCGGUAUCCUCAAGGCCAACAUGGCAUAUCUUCCCAUGGACGUCAAAAUGCCGGCAGCACGACUCAACUCCAUCCUCUCCACUCUGGAGGGCCGGGUCAUCGUCUUGCUAGGAAGCGCAGUCACCAGACCGGCUCUUGACGUACCCAAUGUCUCGAUGGUGCUAAUCUGCGAUACCCUCCGUAACUACCCCGGCGAUAAAUCUUCCCAGGACAUUGCCGGGCCGACUGCUACAAGUCUUGCCUACAUCAUAUUUACAUCUGGAUCGACUGGAAAGCCAAAAGGGGUGAUGAUUGAGCAUCGGGGCAUCGUGAGGUUGGUCAAGAAUAGCAACGUUGUUGCAAAGCUCCCGCCUACAGCACGACUCGCCCAUCUUUCGAACCUUGCAUUUGACGCAUCCACGUGGGAGAUCUAUACAGCGCUGCUUAACGGCGGCACCUUGGUUUGCGUCGACUACUUCACCACCCUGGAUCCCGCAGCCCUCAACACCCUUUUCGCCAAGGAGCAGAUCCAGGUGACCAUACUGGCACCCGCGUUGCUGAAGCAGUGUAUCAAGCCGAUGUCUGCGGCAAUCGGCGCAUUGGAUGUCUUGCUCGUUGGAGGCGACAGAUUCGACGGCCACGAUGCUGCGGCGGUACAGGCGUUAGUGCGAGGCAGCGUGUACAACGCCUACGGACCAUCUGAAAACACGGUCAUCAGCACCAUCUACGAGUUGUCUGAGAUGGACUCAUUCGUCAACGGCGUCCCCAUCGGCAAGUCCGUCAGUCAUUCUGGCGCUUAUAUACUGGAUACUAACCAGCAGCCCGUUCCUGCGGGUGUGAUGGGCGAGCUUGUUGUUACGGGAGACGGUUUGGCUCGUGGCUAUACCGAUGCAUCCCUCAACGAGGGCCGCUUUGCAGAGGUGACAAUCCAUGAUAAGGUUCUCAGGGCGUACCGCACCGGUGAUCGCGUGCGCCACCGUCCCACAGAUGGGCAAAUCGAGUUCUUUGGACGGAUGGACCAGCAGGUCAAGAUCCGUGGCCACCGCGUGGAACCAGCCGAGGUCGAGCAGGCGCUGCUCAACCAUGCUGACGUGCUCGAUGCCGCUGUCGUGCUCCGCCGGGAGGAAGGCAAAGAGACGGAAAUGGUCGCCUUCGUGGCGGCCCGGGGCGAUCAGUCCCUGGAGCAGGAUGAGGCCAGGAACCAGGUCCAAGACUGGGGCAACCACUUUGAGACGGACACCUAUGCCGACAUCGAGACCAUCGACCAACCCGAGGUCGGUAACGACUUCUUGAAUUGGACGUCUAUGUAUGAUGGGGUCGAGAUCGACAAGAAGGAGAUGCAGGAGUGGCUCGAUGACACAAUGCUGGCGCUCCACGAUGGACAGCCGGCCGGCCACGUCCUGGAGAUCGGCACUGGCACAGGUAUGAUCCUUUUCAACCUCAAGGGCCUCGAGAGCUACGUCGGACUCGAUCCCUCCGGCUCUGCGGCCGCAUUCGUCGACAGAAACAUCAGGUCAGUUCCGUCCCUUGUCGACAAGGCCACGGUUCAAGUCGGCACGGCGAUGGACGUGGCAGAGCUCCAUGUCCGGGCCAACCUGGUUGUGACCAACUCGGUCGUUCAGUACUUCCCGUCAGCCGACUACCUGUUCCAGGUGAUGGAGCAUCUGGUCCGCAUCCCCGGCGUUCAACGUCUAUUCUUCGGCGACGUCCGGACCUACGCCAUAAACCGAGACUUCCUGGCAUCGAGGGCACUCCGCGAAAUCGGCCCGGCUGCGACCCGGGAAAGGGUCCGGCUCCGGGUGGCCGAGCUGGAAGCACGCGAAGAGGAAUUGCUCAUUGACCCGGCCUUCUUCACCGGCCUUACCGGCCGCCUCCCCAACAAUGUAUGGCACGUAGAGAUCCUGCCUAAGCAGAUGAAGGCCACCAACGAGCUCAGCGCCUACCGAUACACGGCCGUUGUUCACGUGCGAGGCUCCGAGGACGAGCAGCCCCAGCAACCUGUGCACGCCAUCGCUGCCGACGCGUGGACCGAUUUCAAAAAGGCCAAGCUGGACUCGUCCGGGCUCCUAGACCUGCUCCAGAGGUCGAAGAGCGAUGUCUUGACCGUUCCUGUAGCCAAUAUUCCCUACAGCAAGACUAUUGUCGAGCGGCUCCUAGUCGAGUCGUUGGACGACGACGAAGAGACACAACGCAAUGUCGAUGGUGCGGCCUGGGUCUCGGCGAUCUGCAGCGCAGCAGAGAACUGCGCGUCCCUUUCUGCGGCAGAUGUCGUCGAAAUCGGCAAACAGGCCGGCUUCCGCGUCGAGCUGAGCUGGGCCCGCCAACGGUCCCAGAACGGAGCGCUGGAUGCCGUGUUCCAUCGCCACCGGCUCGACAGCAAUCACUCCUCCCGAGUGUUCUUCGGCUUCCCGACGGAACACGACGGACGACCAUCCGGUCUGCUCACGAACCGGCCCCUGCAACGGAACCAGAGUCUGCGUCUCGAGACGCAGAUCCGGGAACACCUCCAAACCGUGCUACCCCCGUAUAUGAUUCCGGUCCAGAUCGUGGCGCUGGAUCAGCUACCUCUCAACGCCAACGGGAAGAUCGACCGUCGUGAGCUGACGCGCAAGGCAAAGGCGGCACCGAGUACAAAGGUCCUGUCAUCCGAGCGCGUAGAGCCGCGCAACGAGGUUGAGGCUGUGUUGUGCGAGGAAUUCUCCGUGAUCCUCGGGGCCGACGUGGGAAUCAAGGACAACUUCUUCCACCUUGGAGGCCACUCCCUCAUGGCCACGAGGCUUGCCGCAAGCCUCAGCCGACGGUUGAACACCCGCAUCUCCGUCAAGGACAUCUUUGACAAUCCCCUCAUCAUCGACCUGGCUGCCAAUAUCAGACAGGGUUCCAGCAAGCAUAACGCCAUCAAGCCCACGCCUUAUACCGGCCCCGUUGAGCAGUCAUUUGCCCAAGGUCGCUUGUGGUUCCUCGACCAGCUCGACUUUGGAGCAUCGUGGUAUGUCAUGCCUCUUGCGAUACGUCUGCGUGGUCCGCUACAGGUCCACGCGCUCGCUGCAGCACUCGGUGCUCUCGAGCAGCGCCACGAGACAUUGCGCACCACGUUUGAAGACCAUGACGGUGUUGGAGUCCAGGUCGUUCACCCGUACGAGUCCAAGGAGCUCCGGGUGAUUAAUGUGCCAGCAGACUAUCCCGAGGCACUCCGCGAGGAGCAAAACACUCCUUUCGACCUUGGUGUCGAACCCGGCUGGCGGCCGGCGCUCUUCCGCGUAGGCGAGCAGGAUCACAUCCUAUCCAUCGUCAUGCACCAUAUAAUCUACGAUGGAUGGUCAUUUGAGAUCCUCCAGCGGGAACUGACGGCAUUCUACGCAGCCGCAGUUCAGGGCCAAGAUCCCCUGGCUCAAAUACAGCCGCUGUCUAUCCAGUACAGGGAUUUCGCAGUCUGGCAGAAGCAAGAGGCCCAGGUCGCUGAGCAUGAGCGUCAGCUAUCAUAUUGGCGACAGCAGCUCAAGGGCAGCCAGCCGGCAAGUCUGCUCAACGAUAAACCCAGGCCGACUGCGCAGACCGGCGACGCUGGUCUCGCUUCUGUUGUUAUCGAGGGUUCCACAUUCAAGAACCUCCAGGCGUACUGCCGCGCUCGCCAGGCUACGCCGUUCAUAGUUCUCCUGGCCGCAUUCCGGGCUACCCAUUUCCGCUUGACAGGCGUUGAAGAUGCAACUAUAGGUACACCUAUCGCCAACCGUAACAGGCCCGAAGUCGAGGACUUGGUGGGCUUCUUCGUCAACACGCAAUGCAUGCGUAUCACCGUCGAGGAAGAAGAUGAGACCUUUGCAUCCCUGGUCCAGCAAGUCCGGGCCACCGUCAACACGGCAUUCGAGAAUCAAGAUGUGCCCUUUGAGCGCAUUGUGUCGGCUUUGCUGCCCGGAUCCAGGGAUACUUCGCGGAACCCGCUGGUGCAACUGAUGUUUGCCGUCCAUACCCAGCAGGGCCUUGGUAGCUUUCAGCUGGACAACGUAUCCAGCGAGCGUCUGCCCAACGCAGCGACAACACGGUUUGAUAUGGAAUUCCACUUGUUCCAGGAAAAGGACCGGCUUACGGGUAGCAUUGUGUACGCCACUGACCUCUUCAGUCCUGACACUAUCCGUGUCGUAGUGGAUGUGUUCCAAGAGAUUUUGCGUCGCAGCCUCGAGCAGCCAGAGGCCGCCCUCUCUUCACUCGCACUCACAGACGGCCUAGUCGAGGUUCGAAAUAUGGGCUUGCUAACAAUCCCGAAGACAGCAUACCCCAGGGACGCCAGCGUGGUCGAGCUCUUCCGCGAGCAGGCGCGCAGACACCCUGAUUCGCCAGCUGUUGUUGACGCUUCCUCGACACUGACCUAUUCAGAGUUAGAUCGGCAAUCCGACAAGUUCGCUGCAUGGCUACGACUCCGGGGCCUGCCUGACGAGACGAUCGUCGGUGUCCUGGCGCCGCGGUCGUGUGAGACCACUGUGGCCUUGCUGGGUAUCCUCAAGGCAAACCUGGCAUACCUCCCGCUGGACAUCAAAGUGCCUCUACCUCGCCUCGAGGCCAUCCUAUCGAGUUUGCAAGGGCGUAAACUUCUCUUCCUAGGCGCCGGUGUUCCCGUUCCCGAAUCACCGCUUCCAGACGUCGAGCUGGUUCGGGUCGGCGAAGCACUCAAGGGAAAACACGCCACUCAAGGUGCCGCCGGGUCGCAGCCGUCCGCAAGGAGCCUUGCCUACGUCGUCUUCACUUCGGGCUCAACCGGCAAACCAAAGGGCGUCAUGAUAGAGCACCGUGGCAUUGUGCGUCUGGUUAGGAACACCAAUUGCGUGGCUGAUUUACCCCCGGCUGCUCGCGUGGCGCACAUGUCCAACCUGGCAUUCGAUAUUUCCGUCUGGGAGAUCUUUGGUUCCCUUCUGAAUGGAGGCACCAUGAUCUGUGUAGACUACUUCACCCUCCUGGACCCAAAGGCCCUGGCGGCCUUGUUCAUACGCGAACGGGUCGAGGCAAUGAUUCUCCCGUCCCCCUUGCUCAAGCAGUACCUUGCCACCGUGCCGGAAAUGCUGGCUUCGCUCAAGCUUGUUCUCUCCGGUGGCGACCGCUUCGACGCCCACGACGCAAUCAGAACCAGAUCUCUUAUAUCAGCAUCGGGAAGCGUCUACAAUGCGUACGGACCGACGGAGAAUUCGGUCCUCAGCACGAUGCACAAGAUCAGCAAGAAAGCCCAGUACGUCAACGGCGUUCCCAUCGGUCAUGCUCUCAGCAACUCUGGCGCCUAUAUCAUGGAUGUACGUCAAAAUCCUGUGCCGAUCGGUGUCAUGGGAGAACUCGUCGUAUCGGGCGACGGCCUCGCCAGGGGAUACACCGAUCCGGCGCUGGACAAGGGCCGGUUCGUGGAAGUUACCCUCGGGGAUGGCCAGCCGCCUAUCCGGGCGUACCGGACCGGCGAUCGCGCUCGGUACCGGCCAGACGGGGAGAUGGAAUUCUUCGGCCGUAUCGACGACCAGGUCAAGGUCCGCGGCCACCGCAUCGAGCCGGCGGAGAUUGAGCAUGCCAUGCUCGCCCAGAAAGCAGUUCUCGACGCGGCUGUUGUCGUCCGCAAGCCCGAGGGCGCGGAGGAGGGUGAAGUUGUCGGUCUCGUUGUCGUCGAUGGCGUCUCUUCAGACGGCGACGCUGCCGUCCAGACGGAAAAGAGGAUCCUGCAACGGCUGCAGGCCCUUCUCCCGUCCUAUAUGGUGCCCGUCCAGAUCAUCGUGCUGGAUCAGAUGCCCGUCAAUGCCAAUGGCAAACUCGAUCGCCGCGAGCUUGUGCGCAAGGCCGAGGCAGCGCCAAAGAGCAACAGCAAGGAGAUCUCGGAGCGCACCGCGCCAACGAACGAUAUCGAGGCCGCCCUGUGUGAAGAGUUCACGAGCGUGCUUGGCGUCGAGGUCGGAACAACCGACAGCUUUUUCGACCUUGGCGGGCACUCUUUAAUGGCAACGAAGCUCGCGGUACGCCUGAGCCGGCGUUUCCACACCAGGGUCUCGGUGAAGGACGUCUUCGAUAAGCCGGUCAUUGUCGAUUUGGCCGCGUCGAUCCAGCUGCAGCGGGACUCGACUCAACACAAGCCUAUCGAGGCGAGCGAAUACUCCGGUCCCGUGGAGCAAUCCUUUGCCCAGGGGCGCCUUUGGUUCCUCGAACAGCUUGACAUUGGCUCGACGGGAUACCUCGUUCCCCUUGCCGUACGACUCCGCGGGCCGCUGCAGGCCGAAGCCCUCACAGCCGCGCUGCAUACUCUCGAGCAGCGCCACGAGAGUCUCCGGACGACUUUUCAAGGCCGUGAGGGUGUCGGUUUGCAAGUCGUCCGGCCGGCUCGAGCCAGAAACCUCAACAUCGUCGACGUGCCGGCGGGAGAAGACUUCAUGGAGCGGCUGGAGAAGGACCAAAAGACACCGUUCGAUCUGUCUUCUCAGCCAGGCUGGCGAGUCACCCUGCUUCGGCUCGGAAACCAGGACCACGUCAUGUCCAUCGUGAUGCAUCACAUUAUAUGCGAUGGCUGGUCCCUCGAUGUUUUGCAGCGCGAGCUGGCUACGUUCUACACUGCUGCAGUCGAGGGCAAGGACCCCUCAUCGCAAGUCUCACCUCUCCCUAUCCAAUACCGUGAUUUUUCACUAUGGCAGAAACAACCGACACAGGCGGCCAAGCAAGAGAAACAACUGGCAUACUGGAAAGGCCAGCUCGAUGGCAGCCAGCCGGCCAGCCUGCUAUGCGACAAGCCGAGACCCACGAAGCUAUCUGGCGAUGCCGGUGUCGUCCCGUUCAAGAUUGACGGGGCCGUAUAUGAGCGGCUGCAGUCUUUCUGCCGGAACCAUCGGAUAACGCUGUUCAGUGCCCUCUUUGCAGUCUUCAGAGCUACGCACUACCGCCUCACUGGUGUUGAGGACGCCGCCAUUGGCAUGCCCAUCGCCAACCGCAACCGACCAGAGCUUGAGGAAAUGAUUGGCUUCUUCGUCAACUCGCAGUGUAUACGAACUUCUGUGACCGAAAAGGGCACCUUCAAAGACCUGGUUAGUCAGGUUCAGUCCACAGUGGCGGCCGCCUCUGAGCAUCAGGAUGUGCCAUUUGAACGUAUCGUCUCUACUCUCCUGCCCGGGUCCAGAGAUACGUCCCGCAACCCCCUGGUUCAGCUCAUGUUCACCUUUCACGCGCAGAAAGACCUUGGAAAGAUCAGGCUGGGCGAGCUCGAGGGUGAGCCUCUGUCGAUAAAGCCCACCACUCGGUUCGAUGCAGAGGUCUACAUGGCCCAGCAUGAAGGCUGCUUGGGUGGUAACGUUGUCUUCUCCACGGACCUUUUCGAGGAGGAGACCAUCCGCGGCAUCGUCAACAUCUUCCAGGAAGUCCUGUUCCAAGGCCUCGAGCAGCCGGAAGUGCCGAUUGCAGGACUUCCGCUUGCCCAGCGGGGACUCGGUGAGCAGAUGCGCCAGAUGGGCCUGCUCGACAUGGAUACUCCAGAGUACCCGCGCAAUGCAAGCGUCGUUGAUAUCUUUAACGAGCAAGUCAUAGCUCGUCCGGACGCAGUGGCCGUCUCUGAUGCAUCGUCCUCUCUCACGUAUCGUCAACUGUACCAGCAGUCCAACCAAAUCGCUAGUUACCUUGGACAGCGACAGAUGGCACCCGAAACGAUGGUCGCGGUACUCGCGCCGCGCUCGUGCGAGACAGUUGCCACGUUCCUCGGCAUUCUCAAGGCUAAUCUCGCAUAUAUCCCGCUGGAUGUCAACGUUCCCGCUGCCCGUGUUGAGGCCAUCUUGUCAUCGGUUCCCGGACACAAAUUGGUCUUGCUCGGCACCGGUGUCUCCCCCCUUCCGACCGAGUCUGCAGAGAUGGAACAGGUACAAAUCAGUCAUGCCUUGAGCCAAGGAGAGACCGCAAGCACCUCCAGCGCCCGAAAGUACACCCAGGUCGCUGCCACAAACCUCGCCUGCGUCAUCUUCACGUCUGGCUCGACCGGCCGGCCGAAGGGCGUCUUGGUCGAGCACCGCGGCAUCGUGCGGCUCGUCAAGUCGUCGAAUGUGACGCAUCCGCUGAAAGCUAUGACGGUCUUCCACAUCUCAAAUCUUGCCUUCGACGCCGCUACAUGGGAGAUCUAUACACCGCUCCUCAACGGAGGCACAGUGGUAUGCAUCGAUCACAUGUCGGUGCUGAACCCUACUGCGCUCGGCCAGGCAUUUGUAGCAAACGGCGCCACAGCCGCCUUCCUUACGACUGCUCUCUUGAGGCAGGUUCUCGAGGAGGCGCCAUCGGUCAUCAGUGGCCUGGAUCUGCUGCUUUCUGGAGGUGAAACGAUGCGGCCAAAGGAUGCGUUCAGAGCGCGCGAACUAGUCCGGCAAAGGUUCUACCACGUGUACGGGCCAACCGAGAAUACAACCUACAGUACUCUCUACCAUAUGGGUGAAGACGAGCGCUGUAUCAAUGGUGUCCCUAUCGGGAGGGCUAUCAGCAACUCCGGGGCCUAUGUCAUGGAUGCUCUGCAACAGCUCACCCCCAUUGGCACUAUAGGCGAGCUGGUCGUGACUGGAGAUGGCCUCGCCCGGGGCUAUACUGAUUCUUCACUGGAAAAGGACCGAUUCGUGCAAGUCCAUGUUGGCGGGCAGUCCAUCAAGGCCUAUCGCACUGGCGAUCGCGCACGAUACCGACCCGGCGACGGCCAGAUCGAGUUCUUCGGGCGCAUGGAUCAGCAAACCAAGAUCAGAGGCCACCGGAUCGAGCCGGCCGAGAUAGAGCAGACCAUUCUUACCAUCAGCACCGUCCAUGACGCUGCCGUCGUCGUUCGGAAACAAGGAGGUCAGGAUUCAGAGCUUGUGGGCUUCGUCACGGCCCAGCGGCAGGCCAACGGUUCCUCUGCCUCGCACGCCGAGCGUCUCGGAACGGAAGAACAAUCUGCUGGGGACGUUGAAAGGGAGGUUCACCAGCGUCUUCGCGCCCUGCUUCCACCCUACAUGGUGCCGUCGCAGAUUAUCCUGCUCGCUCGAAUGCCGCUGAACGCAAACGGCAAGGUCGACCGCCGCGAGCUCGCUCGGAUGGCCCUCACUGUGUCCAGGAGAAGUGCUGCUGCAGUUCGUGUUGCGCCGCGCAACAAAGCAGAAGAGGCCCUAUGCGAUGAGUUCACAGACCUACUUGGGGUUGAAGUCGGCGUCACUGAUAACUUCUUUCACCUGGGUGGGCAUUCCCUCAUGGCAACGAAGCUGGCGGCCCGUAUCAGCCGCCGCCUAGAUGCCUAUAUCUCCGUUAAAGAUGUCUUCGAUCGUCCUGUUGUAGCUGAUCUCGCGGCCGGGAUUCGUCAAGGGUCUAUGCUUCAUAACGCGAUCAAAUCAACACCCUACACGGGGCCUGUUGAGCAGUCCUUUGCGCAAGGGCGUCUCUGGUUCCUGGAGAAGCUCAACAUCAGCGGAUCAUGGUAUAUCAUGCCUAUUUCCGCGCGCAUGCGAGGGCCAAUUAACAUUGAGGCUCUGCAAACGGCGUUACGCGCGGUGGAACAACGGCACGAGACGCUUCGAACCACCUUUGAGGAGCACGGCGGCGUCGGCGUACAAAUAGUAAACCCCAGCAACUCCAGGCCGCUCAGGGUCAUGGAUAUCUCGCACGAGAGCCCCGAUGGACCCUUCCCCCUUCUGCAGCGGGAGCAACAAUCCCCGUUCGACUUGACCUCUGAACCGGGAUGGAGAGUGGCGCUUUUCCGUCUAGGUAAGGAGGACCAUAUCCUCUCCAUCGUCAUGCACCACAUCAUCUCAGACGGCUGGUCCGUCGAUAUCCUUCGCAGGGAGCUAGCAAUCUUCUAUGCCGCCGCACUCCGAGGUCAGGAUCCCGAGGUGACGCCUCUCCCCAUCCAGUACCGCGACUUUUCGCUAUGGCAAAAGACGGAGGAACAGGUCGUCGAACAUCAGAGACAGUUAGAGUACUGGACCAAGCAACUAGCUGACAGCUCGCCUGCGGAGCUCCUCUGCGAUAAACCACGCCCAGCAGUGCCCUCUGGCAAAGGUGGCGUCAUCCAGGCCAAGAUCGACGGUCCUCUUUACGAAAGCCUCCAGGCCUUCUGCCAGACACGUCAAGUCACUCCAUUCGCAGUCCUCCUGGCUGCGUUCCGCGCCGCGCACUUUCGCUUGACGGGCGUGGAAGACGCCACAAUCGGGACACCCAUGGCCAACCGCAACCGACCGGAAUUGGAAGAGUUGAUCGGCUUCUUUGUCAACACACAGUGUAUGAGGGUAGUCGUUGAUGAUGAAUCCUUUGACGGUCUCGUCCAGCAGGUCCGCAUCACGACGACGGCUGCUUUUGAAAACCAGGAUGUCCCUUUCGAACGCGUGGUCUCGGCGCUUCUCCCGGGCUCAAGGGAUACCUCCCGGAACCCGCUGGUACAACUCAUGUUCGCUGUCCAUUCGCAGCAGGACCUCGGCCGCAUCAAGCUCGAGGGCCUUGCCAGCGAACCGCUCCCCGUAGCUGUCACCACCCGCUUCGACCUCGAAUUUCACCUCUUCCAAGAGGAGGCAUGUCUAGCCGGCAACGCGCUCUUCGCUGCCGAUCUAUUCGAGCCAGAAACCAUUCAGUGUCUCGUGGAUACCUUCCAGGAGAUCCUAAAACGGGGUCUGGCGCAGCCCGAGAUACCUAUCUCGAGCCUUCCUCUCACCAAUGGGCUGGCGGCGUUGCGAAGCAUGGGUCUGCUCGAGGUUGAAAAGACCGACUACCCCCGACAAUCCAGUGUGGUCGACGUGUUCCUCGACGAGGUGGCUGCUCAUCCGCACCGGGUCGCUGUCAAGGACGCCUCAACUCAGAUGACUUACGCUCAGCUCAGCGAGACGUCGGAUCGACUCGCCGCCUGGCUCCGGCUACGGAAAAUGGAGCCCGAGACGCUUGUAGCUGUGCUUGCUCCAAGAUCUUGCCAGACCGUCGUUGCUUUCCUCGCCAUCUUGAAGGCCGGCCUUGCGUAUCUCCCACUUGACAUCAACGUCCCCGCCGCGCGUCUUGAGUCGAUUCUAUCAGCCGUCCCCAGGCUUACUCUGGUUCUCCUCGGCGACGACGUUUCCACGCCUAAUGUCCGUCUGUCUAACCUCCGAUUUGUUCCUUUGGGUGGCGCCAUUGCUUCAUCGCGUCAACCGUCGACCAAGCCUCCAGCAAGCGUUUCUUUCCCAUCAGCAACAAGUCUUGCAUACGUCAUCUUCACUUCAGGCUCUACUGGCCGGCCUAAGGGCGUCAUGGUCGAACACCGCGGUAUCGUCCGCCUGGUGAAGCAGAGCAACAUCGUACGGGAACUUCCGGAAGAAACAACGAUCGCCCACGUCUCAAAUAUUGCUUUUGAUGCCUCAGCCUGGGAAAUGUACACGGCCCUCCUUAACGGCGCUACCCUUGUCUGUAUCGACUACUAUACCACUUUGGAUAGCCGGGCCCUUGGGGCUGUGUUUGCCCGCGAAAGCAUUCGUGUGGCUAUGCUCUCGCCAGCACUGCUCAAACAGUGCAUUAUAAACACUCCAAGCACUCUGAGCGACCUGGAGAUCCUCUACGUGGGCGGAGAUCGACUGAACCCAUUGGACGCUACAGAUGCUAAAGCCCUCGUAAAGACUGGCGUCUAUAAUGCGUAUGGUCCCACGGAAAACAGUGUUGCGAGUACCAUUUAUAAGGUCAAGGAGGGCGACUUGUUUGAACAUGGCGUGCCUAUUGGUCGGGCCGUGAGCAAUUCCGGGGUUUAUAUCAUGGACUCACGCCAGCAACUGGUCUCUAUCGGCGUGAUGGGUGAGCUCGUUGUGACUGGAGACGGCCUUGCUCGUGGAUACACAGACCACGCGCUCGAUAAAAACCGCUUCAUGUACGUCACCAUCGAAGGUCGUCUUGUCCGGGUAUACCGGACCGGAGACCGCGCUCGGUACCGGCCAUCGGACGGGCAGAUCGAGUUCUUCGGCCGCAUCGACCAGCAGACUAAGAUCCGCGGGCACCGGAUCGAGCUCGCCGAAGUGGAGCUUGCCAUGCUGAGGCAUCCGGUCGUCCGCGACGCGGCCAUCGUUAUUCGCAGCACGCCCGGCCAGGACCAGGAAAUGGUCGGCUUCGUCACCGUCCAGGAGGACCAGUCCGUCCAGGACGACUCAAGCAAGCAGGUGGAGGGUUGGGGAACCCACUUCGAGAUCGGGACGUACGCAGAUAUCGAAACAAUCGACAAGUCCGUCAUCGGCAAUGACUUCUUGGGCUGGACGUCCAUGUACGACGGCACUUUGAUCGACAAGGCGGAGAUGCAGGAAUGGCUUGACGAGGGCAUAGCAGCCCUGCUGGACGGCCAACCAGCUGGCCGCGUGCUCGAAAUUGGUACGGGUACCGGCAUGAUCCUGUUCAAUCUUGGUCGGGGUUUGGAGAACUACAUAGGUCUUGAGCCAUCCAGCUCGGCCGCGGCCUUCGUGAACAACAGCAUCAAGGCUUCUCCAUCGUUUGCCGAAAAGGCCCAGGUGCUUGUCGGCACGGCCAUGGAUGCAGGCCGGUUGGACCAGGUAACCCAAAGCCGCACCGACAUGGUCGUCAUCAACUCGGUUGCGCAAUACUUCCCCUCGGCCAACUAUCUCCUGGAGGUUAUUGAGACACUUACACGACUACCGGGGGUAAAGCGUCUGUUCUUUGGCGACAUGCGGACCUACGCCACGAAUAAGGGCUUUCUUGCGGGCAGAGCCCUGCAUUCCUUGGGAGAAAACAUCACGAGAGGCGGCGUUCGUCAAAAGAUCACCGAGUUGGAAGAAAACGAGGAAGAGCUCCUCGUCGACCCGGCCUUCUUCACGGGGCUCCUCACCCGUAUGCCAGAACGCAUCUGGCACGUGGAAAUCCUACCCAAGAGGAUGAAGGCCACCAACGAGCUCAGCAGAUACCGGUACAGCGCCGUCUUACACGUACGAGGCACAGAAUCGCCAAAUCAGACCGUACACCCAGUCGACCCCGACGCUUGGGUCGACUUCCAAGCGUCAUCGAUGGAUCAUCAAGGCCUUCUUGCUCUGUUGCAGGGCUCGCCGAACGCAUCCGCCAUCGCCGUCGGUAAUAUCCCUUACAGCAAAACCAUGUUCGAGCGGCUGCUGGUUGAAUCCCUCGAGCAGGACGAUGACGACGCACAGGACGGCGUCGACGGCGCAACUUGGAUCUCGGACAUCCAAAAGGCCGCUGAGCGUCGCGUGGCUCUGUCUCCUCUGGAUCUGGUUCAGAUCGGCGAGGCAGCCGGAUUCCGCGUGGAGCUCAGCUGGGCCCGGCAGCGGUCCCAGAAGGGCGGCAUCGAUGCCGUCUUCCACCGUCACCAACCCGAGAAGAAGGGAUUACGCGUCCUCGUCCAGUUUCCCACGGAGCAUCAGGGCCGGCCGGCGAGCCUGCUCACGAAUCGUCCUCUCCAGCGCCUCCAGAGCCGCAAGGUGGAAGCGCAGAUCCGUGAGCAACUUCAGACCCUGCUCCCGUCUUACAUGAUCCCCGCCCAGAUCAUUGCCCUCGACCAGAUGCCCGUCAACGCCAACGGCAAAGUCGAUCGGCGCGAGCUCACGCGCAAGGCACGAGCCGCGCCGGUCAGUAAGCCGCCCUCAGAGCGCAUUGCGCCGCGCAACGAGGUCGAGAAGGCGUUGUGCGAAGAGUUCGCCGACGAGCUCGGCGUCGAGACCGGCAUCACUGACAGCUUCUUCGACCUCGGCGGACAGUCGCUCAUGGCGGCGAAGCUCGCCGCGCGCAUCAGCCGGCGACUGGGCAUCAACGUAACCGUCAAGGACAUCUUUGACAAGCCGUCCCCUGCCGAUCUCGCCAUCAAGAUCACGCAAGCCGCGCUCGACGGCCCCAGCAAAGGGACAUCGGAGGCGGUAAAUAGUGAGCCCUUCCAGCUCCUCUCGCAGGAAGACCCGGAGGGCUUCGUCCAGCGAGAGCUCGCCCCCCAGCUGGAUCCCUCUUACGGCAAGAUCUUGGACUCCUACCCCGUGACGUGGUCGCAGAGGACCUUUAUCAAAGACUCCUUCACGGGAAAGCCGCGUGACCCGGCCCUCUUCAUCAUCGACUUCCCCGCCAGCGCGGACCUCAAGAGGGUCACCGAGUGCGCUGCCGCCAUGGUCCGGAGCUUUGACGUCUUCCGAUCCGUGUUUUUGCCGGCUUCCGGCAAGUUCUACCAGGUGGUUCUGGGCCACCUGAAGGUGCCCACCGAGAUGAUCCAUGUCGAGGGAGACCUUACCAGCGCGACCCGCGCCCUCGAGGACUUGGACAUCCGCGAACCGUUCACCCUGGGGCACGCAUUCUAUCGCAUUGGUAUUCUUAAGAAGCAAGGCGCCCCCGUGCGCAUGGCGCUGCGGAUGAACCACGCGCUGUAUGACGGCCUCAGCCUGCCGCCCCUCAUGCGCGGCCUCCACGCCUUUUACAUUGGCGAGCAUCUGCCGCCGCAGCCUAGCUUUUCUAGCUUCGUCCAGCAUAUGAUGAAUACCCGCGAGGAAGGCUACAAGUUCUGGCGCUCGGUUCUACAGGGUUCGUCAAUGACGUUCUGGACGGGCGCGGACGGCACCGGCCGUCACCACGGCGAGGGCCACGAAGUCCCGGACGGCGUCUGGCUGUCGGAGAAGACCAUCGAGACGCCGAUCCAGGCCAGCGCGGACGGUAUCACGUCGGCGACGGUCUUCAACACGGCGUCCGCUUUCGUGCUGGGCGACCAGAUCGGGACAAAGGACGUCGUCCUCGGUUACGUGGUAUCGGGGCGGCAAUGCCUCCCUAUCAGCUGCCAGAGCGUCUUCGGCUUCUGCUCCAACACAGUCCCGGUCCGGGUCGUCCUUGACGCGGCCGCCGACCCGAGGGCAAUGCUCCGCAAGGUGCAGCAGCAGUACAUCGACAGUUUGCCCUUUGAUACGCUGGGCCUAGACGACAUCAGGGACAACUGCACAGAAUGGCCGAAGACGGUGGAUAACUUCAGCUGCUCUACUUCCUACCUUAACCUCAACCGGCACCCCCACAGCGGCGACGGAGACGAGCGAAUCCAGCUGAGCAACCUCCCCCGAAAGGUUCAACCGCGUGAGGCCAUCGGGCUGGACCCCACCGUAGAAAGAUUCAUGUCCGACGAAAUCUCCACGCAUGACAUGGACCUCGUGGGAAUCCCCGAUGCUGACGGGGCACAUCUGCGGGUUAUCGUCAUGGCGAACCGCAGACUCUGCGACGAGUCGACGGUCGACAACAUGUUGGUUAGUCUCUGUGACAAGAUCCAGACGCUCAGCUCCAUCGCGCAUGGCUCGCCACCUAAGCCGGCAAACGGAGACGCAAGGAAGACGUUCAACGGCAACGGGGAGCACUCGGUCAAUGGCAGCUCGCAGCAUACAUCCAAUGGCCACGCCAAUGUUGCAACCACCGAAAACAAGAAGCAAAGUUAA